GAGGAGGAGGAGAUCAAGCAAGGAUUCUUAAAAGUGCAGCUGGACUUUCAGCACUUUUAAAGCACUGCGCUCUCUGCCUCUCCAAAGACCCCUCAAUCCAAGUGAAGUGCGAGGUUCUUCCUGCAUUAAACCACUGUAUCGGUUUAUUUUAAAGGUACGCUUAGACGCUUAGCUUUCUCUGUGAACAAAUCACGUUUUGAGGGGACAUUUGGACUUUUUUUUUUUUCUUCCAAAAAUCGCAACUUUUCAGGACUUCUUUCCAAAACAAACGGGAUUCCCUAGACUUGCUGACACGUCCUUAGGCUACUUUCUGGGACUCGUAGGUUAGUGUAUGGACUGAGACUUUUAUAGAGAAGUACAUUGUCUGUUGGAUGCAGUCGUACAUGUACGAGAAAGCGAUGGCACCCGAGACGAGAAACGGCGGCACCGCGACAUUCAGCAGCAACGGCACCGGCACAGGCAGGAGGAAGCUGCUGAUAGUCCUGGAUAUCAUCUGCCUUCUUUUAGCUGCCCUGCCUUUCCUGUUAAUUGAAACUAGCAUGAUCGAGCCGUAUCAACGCGGGUUUUACUGCAGUGACCAGUCCAUCCGGUAUCCUUAUAAAAACGGAGACACCAUAAGCGAUGCCGUGCUCUGUCUCGCUGGCAUUCUUAUUGCCAUCGUCUCUAUUGUGAUUGGAGAGUGCUAUAGGAUCCGUUACCUGAAGCAGGGCUCACACUCGUUUGUGGGAAACCCGUACGUCUCUGCCCUUUACCGGCAGGUAGGCGUGUUCAUCUUCGGCUGCGCAAUCAGCCAGUCAUUCACAGACAUCGCCAAGGUGUCUGUGGGGCGCAUGAGGCCACACUUUCUUGAAGUGUGCAAGCUGGACUACUCACAAAUCAACUGCUCUGAUGGCUAUAUCACUGACUAUGUGUGCUUGGGCGACCCCAGCAAGGUGCAGGAGGCGAGGAAAUCCUUCUUCUCUGGACAUGCCUCAUUUUCAAUGUACACCAUGCUGUAUCUAGCUUUCUACCUGCAGUCUCGGUUUACUUGGCGUGGAGCUCGUCUCCUGAGACCGCUGGUCCAGUUCACCCUUCUGAUGAUGGCCUUUUACACCGGACUGUCUCGUGUUUCAGACCAUAAGCACCAUCCCACUGACGUGCUUGCUGGCUUUGUACAAGGAGCACUGGUGGCCUACUGCAUAGUCUUCUAUGUGUCAGACCUGUUUAAGCCCAAAGUCAAGACCGUCAGUCCUCCACCAUCACCAAUCAAGAAAGAACUCCUGCCCUCCGCUGACAUCAUAGACAGGAACAACCAUCACAACAUGGUGUGAGAGGAGGAUACGGGAGGAAGCAUCCCUAGAAUUCCAUCAUACCUUUGAAGAACCUGAAGAGCCACCUGUGAAUGAAGAGACGCAGCAUAUGCGCUGCUGCUGUCUCUUUCUCUCAUCUGACAGUAGAAUGUAGGGGCAGGAGACAGAGACUUUUUUAUUUUACUAUUGAGACUCUCUAUUUUUGUAUUAUUACAAACCUUGCUGUUUCUUAUUUGAGCCCAAUUUAUGAAAGCUAAACAAUCAUAAGAAAAGUCGUUCAUUUUUGGGAGGUUGUUCCCAAAGCAGCAGGGACUAAAUGGGCCUGUAACUUGCUUUCCAAUACACUAAAUGGAGUGAAAUGCAGAAAGCAAAUGGGCCACAUUAAUAAUGGGGCUGAAAGAAGGCAAAACAUGUACUAAUGAAUGAAUGGAUGCAUGGCAAAUGAAUGAAGAGUGUGACUGUGAGGCUGGUCAUGUGACCUCUCUCUUUCUCUUUUUACCCCUUUUCCUCUCUCUUGUCUCUGAGGCCUUUCGCCAGUAUAAGACAACAAAUUCCUUAGUUAUAGGAAUGAUACUUUAUUAGCUGCAAUGUUACUAGCACAGAUAUAUUAACAAUAUAAAGAAGAAUAACUUAUAGCACUAUAUCCAAUCAUUAUAAAUCGUCACCACUCGCUGUCUGGGCGGUGUAGCUCUGAGGACGCUCGAUGAGGUUUAGUGUGUGGUAGACUUAAUACCAGUGAACUCUUACGCUGUGGUAUGUGAGGGUCCUUCGGAAUCUAGUGGACUACACAUACCAUUAUGAUACGCUGACACUCCUAAGCACUAGACCCAUCCCUGCUGUCCUAAGCUAUCCAAACAGAAGCCUAGCUCCAAGGGAUGUUGUAUUUUACUGGGAUUUUAGGGGGUGGGCUGGGGGGGAUGGGCUGUAGAUAACAGAUGGUAGUCAAAUUUUAAUAGUGAAAUAGUGAAUUCAAGAUAGCCACCCAGCUGAGAGAGCAUGGCAGAGCCGUGCUUCUGCAUCCAGUGGGUGUGAUUUGUGCUGGGAAGGAUGGGAUGGGAUAAGAUGGGAUGGGGACGGGCAUGUCGAGUCCCAUCGACUGCACUGGCUUGGCACAUUUCAUUUUGGAUGGGUGAACGAGUCUCUUCUGCUGGCUGGUAUGGAUUGUUCUCCCUUCCAAGCACAUAAUCACUCAACAGCAGUGCCAACUGUAUCUAUAGCCAGGGAUGGUGUUAAUUAAAUUGCCUGCCAGAACUCCCAUCCAACCCAACAUGUUCAAGGUGUGGGGUCCCACCACAGUCACUCAGUGCCACAUUUUGUGUAUGUGUGUGAGUGUGUAUGAGUGAGAUUCUUUGUAUGUGUGUCUCACUGUGUUUCUGCACCUAGUCCUUGCAGAGGACUGUUACCAUGUGAAGAAAAAAAAAUGGAAGAAAACUGUGGAUUUAUUUUCUCUAAAUGCCUUUUUGGCCUUUUCUUAUCUAAAAUAAUGUCUACUGUUCUCACUAACACCUGUACAGUGCUGCCUGAUUAGUUUACAUACAUAAAACAUCUACACAAUGCUACACAGCUCCAACAUGUUGCACAUCCCUCACAUUGUCUAGUCCGUCCUAUCAUUUCAGCAAACUGUUCUUUUUUUCCUUUUAAAUAUAUAAAUAAUGUAUAGAUCAUUAAAAUUAACUAUGUAAAAUAUUAUUUCUGAACAUAUUUAGAUAUAUCCACUAUAAAUAAAAACAAAGUGUCAUGACCUGUGUUAUUUACAAAUUGCUGCUUCAACAAGCAUUGAUUGACCGAUUUUUUUUGUAUUUAGCUUACUAAACUAUUGUAGAUUUGUCAUAUUAAGUUUUUUUUUAAGAAGCGACACCUACAAAUGUAUCAAAAUUCACUAUUAGUAUUUUUGUAUUGUCUCAUUUUGUACAAAAGAAAUAAUAGCAAUUUUUUCUGCUAAAUGUACCUAGAUCUAAUACAUGUGUUAUGAAAUAAAAAAAAAUGCUCAUUAUGAACAGAAACUCUUACGUGAUUGUUUAAGUAAUAAGGGUGUUAAUGUUCACUCUACCAUAACACACUUUGAAAGAGUGCAUGACUUCACAUUUUUGGCAGUGUGCUAGAGUGGCACAAGUGUGUGGCUUCCAGCGUUAUGGUCUCUGAGAGCGGUUUUAAAGCCAGUGUGUCUGACACGUUGCAAUAAAUCCACUUUCAGAUCUCUUAUAGCAUGGGGCUGGGGCUCUCUAUUUACACCUCUAAAACCUAUCCCCAGGAUGGACUUAAGAACUGAUCAAACUUAAGAGCUCUUUGAGAGCAGACACAGGACCACGGUGAGUCGUAAACGUGUGUCAAAACUGCAGCCAAGAGCACAAGUGUGCCAGGGUUGAGCUGGAGGUCUUGGCAAAAAGAACGCACAGAUAGAUCAUAGUGGUGGCAUCUGGAGCAGCUCUGAAGGAGCAGGCUGGUGCUGCCGCCAUGUUUGGCUCUAGAAUGUGGAGAAAAGCUGGCAUUGCCUGUGUAUAGGAAGGAGACCAAGAAAGAAGGCGUGCUAAUGAGUCUGAGAGUGUAUGUUUGUUAUGGAGACCAUAUUGGUGCUUGGGAAAGGGUGUUUUAGAAGUUUCAAUCUUUGCCUCUUCUGCUCAGAGUGACUGGCACGUCUAUGUGAAAUAAAUGCCAGGAAUAAAGACUAGGCCACUAUUUUGGAUUGUCUAGAUCAGUGGUUGUCAAAGUGGGGGCUGUGAAGCAUAGCCAGGGGGUCUGUGAUUUUUAAUUUUGUUCCAGUGGAAGAAAUAAUAACCCACUAUUAUCAGAGUAUUUAUUAUUGGAUUCUUAUAGUUAUUAGCUUGUUUGACUGGUCACUUGAAUUGAAUGGGUUUAAUCCAAACCUCAGUAACUCACAAACAAGUAGGGCUAUAAAUAAUGUCAACUUGGACCUCUUCUGCUCUGUCGGUGGAAAGUUCAGGAAUGAAAAGCUGUAUAGCUGUAACAAAUAGCCAGAAUAUUAUUGUACACAUUUGAAUAAUGAGCCUAAUAUUUAAAUAGUUCAUAACAUAAAUCUGUACUGAAAAUGUUUAUUGUUACAGGUUGAGGUGCAUGACAGGGCUGACUGUCAUGAAAAAAAAAAAAACACAAUUUGAGAGAGAAAAAGAGUGUGUGUGGCAUUGUAAGAAAGGAAAGCACACUUAUUCUACUCAUCACCUCCAUUUAGCAGGUCUGGAUUUCAGCUUAGAGUGACUGUAUCAUCUCUGAAUCGAUUCCCCUUGACACACAAGGACACACAUAUUCUCUCUCUCUCUCUCUCUCUAUUUUUUUUUUAUCUGUAAGACUUUGCAGAAAUUUCUCAGCUUGCUGUAAUCCCCUGCCAGAAUCAGUUACACUGACCUGCAGAAUUGAAUCUUAAAGUUUGUCCUUGACAGCCAGCCCUUGUGUGUUUUUGGUGUUUAAAUUUCUGAAAAGCCAAAUAUUGAACACUGGAGCUGGAAUUUAAUCCAGGUGUCUGAAACUCUGGAAAUCUGGACAUUGAAUAUACAAUAUAAAUAAUAUAAUAUAUAAUAUAUUAUAUGAAAUUCUAUAAUUUGUAGUCCAUUAUAUUCAUUGUAUUAAACAUAUUUAAAAAUCCCAGAUUCAAACGAAACAUUUGAGCAAACUGAAAGCUAGUGGGUCUGUGCUGAAUGACUGCACAGGAGGGCACUUGGACAUUGGGGAAAUGGAAGUGUUGGCAUACAGUAGGACCACAUAUACAGUAUAGUGAGAAAAUUCAUCCAGGGACAAGAAGGGCACUGUGGUGGGGGGAGGAACUGUCCAGCUGUGGCACGGAUGGGAAUGAGGCCAGCUCCAGGGUGGAACCUGCAGGAAGGGGGUCCAUGGCUCACAGGGGCUUUUCAGUUCACUGUAACGCAGAAAGAGGAGGGGGACCCUGGGCAGGGCUCAGUUCCUCACUUCCUUUAGGGAAAUGGAGUGCAUUCCUGAUAGCUGUGCUAGAGAAAAGAGAGAGACAGGGAGGAAAAGAGACGGAUUUAUGGUGAUGGGUGUGUGCAUGUGCGUGUCGGGUGGGUAAGGAGGGCGGUAGCUGAGCCAGGACAAUAAAAAUAACAAAGGAUUAAUGAGAAUUUAAUAAGAAUGCUUAAUCCUAUUAGAUUAUAUCUGAGCAAUAUCUGUAUCAUUAUUUGAGAGAAGUGGAUGUUAGAUGAGAACCGGAAAGAAGAAGAGCUCAUGCACUAUUUAAAGGCUUUGCUAUGACACUAUGUUACUUUAUCACAAAUUCAUUUUUCAUGGCAACACCACUUUGAGACACUAAUCCAUUCGAGAAUGCUGUGGCAUAUUUCUACCUCCCUCUGACAAAUGUGUCGGUGUAGGCGGCUCUUACUGGAAUUAAUCAAGUUCUUAUUUCUGUAGGAUUAUCCUGUGGACCAAAUUUAGGCUUAAACCAAUCACAUCAUUUCAUGUUGGCUUUGUAGUAAGCCAAGAACAUCCUUUUAAGUGUGAAAGGCAAGACUGGCCUAGUUUUUGUUGGAUUUUAAUGAGUAAAUAAGCUUUAUAAAUCAGAAUCAUUAGUGAAAAUGAAGCCAUCAUGUGAAAAUAUCUUAUAGUCAAAUGUUUCUGGUGUUAUAGGAAUUACAGUGAAGCAAAUAUAAGAUUUGGAAACCUAUUUCUAGACAUUUCUACUAAUUUCAAGCGUUAAAUGUUCUUAUUCUAUUAGGCGGAUAAAUUUAACUCUUUCUAGAUCUCACUGUAGUGCUGAUAUGGCACCGGACUACAUCACCCACAAGCCAUUUCAUGUCACAUGCUCACUACAGGCACCAUGUCACAUGACCAUGAGCACCUGUAUCACGUGCUGUCUAAUUAGCAUGAGCAUUUAAGUCACACAUUGUAUAGCACUCUUGGUGAAUCUUUAGCUGUUGUUCCAUGUUAUUUGUAUCAUGUUAUUGUCUUGCCUUGUUCAUUUAUAACUGUCAUAGACACAUUUGCUACAGGUAUCAUUCAAAGCUGGAUGCAACAGCGGAAAGAGAUGUGCCCUUUCAAACACACUUCCUUUCAAAAACACCUGUGUUAAGAAAAGCAUGCUGCCCCUUCCCACUAGACUGCAAACAACAAGAGAGAAACAGUGCAGACUGUGACAUUUGGACACGCUCUGAUCAUGUGUGUGCUGUACAUCUGGAUUUUCUGUUGCAUGUUUUGCGUCAUGUGCAUGUCAAUGGGCCUUAGUCAGGGGAUGCAAAGAUCAGACAAAGAUAGCCGUGUCGUCUCCCCCAAAAAAAAGUGGGACCUCAGUGAACAGGAGUUUCACUUCAUUAUCAGAAUCCUGUCCAUUGGAUUGGUGGAUGCUGACCCUGACAUUCUGCACCACUUAAAAGAGUACCGAGAUCUGCACAGAAUUUCGUCCUGAGAAUGACAUCCUCAUCCAUAAGACAGGCUGCUGUACGACGCAACAGUCAUGACACUUCCUUUCUGACUAGGAGAGCACUUCAUAGCAAUAGUUCAGUACAUAAAUGAGAUUUUUUUGUUAUAUUAGAGCAGGCAGGAGAUUUCACGUUCUGCAUCAUGAUCAUGUUUAAUGGUACUAGACCUAAGGAAGUGCAAAAUGUGCAACAACAAUAUUUCACUUUUAGCAAUGUAACAAUUCUUUAGAAAACAGCACAAAUUUACAAAAACACAGGUGCAAUUUAUUAAUUGGAGAACACAAAAUUGCAAAUUAAGAGCAUGAAAAAUUCACUUCCACACAUUACCUCAAUUUCAAGACCUUAAUUAUUGAAACAACUAAAUAGUAAUAUUACUAAUAGUGAUACUACAAACUAUACUAAAUACUAAAUAAACAACUCUAUUGGCCUUGAGUUCUAAUGUGUCUGAAAGCCCUUUAAUGGCUUAACUGAUGUGUUUUGUACCAGUCAUAAUCAUGCAUGAUUUCCACUGUAUCAAAACUAUGUUUGUCUGGGAAUAAAGGGACAAUUGUCAUUCA